AUGGAGCAGGAGAACCCACCGCAACCCACUGGGCUGGAGAACCAGUUGCGCAAUAUGAUUCUCGGCAACGUUAGCAUAGCUGGUGGACAGUCUAGCCAAGAUGUCCCCUCAGCAUAUCGUGGACGCGGGCGAGGCCAAGGGCGUGGACGUGGGCGUGGGCGUGGAGGUUUCCACGAUACCGCCAAUAACGUCAAUAGCAAUGGCCAGAACCACCCCACGCCAGGUCAAGCUCAGGGAUGGCGUACAAACGCUACCGCCAACACGGCUCCAGCUCGAGGGGGUGGAAGAGGAGGCUAUAUCCCUAACCAGCGGUAUCAACAACCUACGGGAAACGCCUUAAAUCAGCAAGGUCUAAACUCGCCUCAGAACGGCUCACCAGUAGAUCAUCGGCAGUAUUCCUCGCGGCCUUUCAGGCCUCCCUACCAACAGCAGAAUCUGAAUGCAACUGGUACGCCACAUUCACAAACCCCUAGAAUCCUCCAGCGACCCCAUGACAACGUUGCACUGCCAGGUCAAGUUACAGUAGGCCCAACGUCAUCAUCACAGCGUCCUCGUCCGCAAGGUUCAUAUGCACCACGAUCCAUGAAUCAGCCACGGGAGAACCCUAUGGCUCAGAUUGAGCAUCUGGACUCAGUUGCGGCAGAAGAGAUUCCGAAGGUAGAGAUGUCCAUGUCCGAGUUGGACGCCAAGGAAGAUUUUCGAAAAUACUUGGAAACGAUCAUGCAAAAGGCCUUUGCUCGAGACUACACUGGUGACAUUGCGACCAUUUCCUUGGUAGGCUUUGGAAGUUUAGCUUCAGGCUUUGGUAUGCCCGGCUCAGACAUGGAUUUGGCUGUAGUACCAGAGUGGAAAGAUCCAGCCAGAGCUAGUGAUAUCACGAUCGACCGCGGUAUUCCUCGUCUAUUGGAACGAGCGGUCCUCGACGCCAAGCUCGGUGGCCGUCUGCUGACGAGGACAAGAGUGCCCAUUUUGAAGAUAUGUCAGACACCGACCGAGACCCUAUAUAGAGCUCUCGCUGAGGAACGCCAGAAGUGGGACGAACUCCCAGAAGAGGAGAAGUAUCCUUCAGACCUACCACAAGAACCUACUCAGCCACCAAAGCCGCUGGUGGAUGCCGAUGGAUCGAAGGCUCCAGACCUGGCGGCGCAAGUAGACAGCUCCAACUUUGGUGACGACUUCCCUACCUUGGGGGCUGCGGCGACAACAAAGAAACGACAAAAAGCUCCCACAAACGCUGAGGUGCCCCAGGAAAACUCUUCUGUCCUAGCCACCAAGUCAGAGGAUAAGAUCAGCGACGGGACUGAAGAUAAGACCAAGAGAGAUCAGCAUCAUCGUCACGAGAAGCAGUGGACACGAGAGAAGGUUGUGGGUCCUCUCGACUUCCCAAAGACAGGUUGCGGAAUUCAAUGUGACAUUAACUUCGAGAACCCGCUCGGCAUCCACAACACCCAUAUGCUUCGAUGCUACUCGUUAACUGACCCGCGUGUCCGACCCAUAGUUCUCUUUGUCAAGUCUUGGGCCAAGCGACGUAAAGUCAACAGCGCAUACUCCGGUACUCUCAACUCGUACGGAUGGGUGCUCAUGGUACUGCAUUACCUGGUCAAUAUCGCGCAACCACCAGUAUGUCCGAACCUUCAGCUCUCCGUCCCGCUCCCAAGCGACGCAGAAGCCCUGGAGCAGUUCUUCAAGCAUACAACUAUUGCAGGCUAUGAGGUACGUUUCUGGCGCAAUGAACCGGAAAUUAUGCAAGCCGCAGAAGCUGGUCGCCUUUCGCAAAAUACACAGUCCAUCGGUUCAUUACUACGUGGAUUCUUCCAGUACUAUGCUUCUCUUUCUGGGUACGGCUAUGGACCUAAACCUCCCCAGUUCUACUGGACUAACGAAGUCAUCUCCCUUCGGACGCCUGGCGGUAUCUUGUCGAAGCAGAGCAAGGGUUGGGUGAGCGCAACAACCAAGAUUACAGCUGAGAAGAAGGUUACCAACCGGUACCUCUUCGCCAUUGAAGAUCCUUUCGAGACCGACCACAAUGUUGCAAGGACAGUCACUCACCGUGGUAUCGUCGCUAUUAGAGACGAGUUUAGAAGAGCAUGGAGGAUACUCAAAGCCAUCGGACAGGACACAGAGCCUGAAGGCGGAAUCUUCGACGAGGUCGUGGAGCAACCGCCUAUUCCGAAACCCGAAGAGGUCCAAAAGGGCAAUAUCGAGAAUCUUGGUGUUGAUGGGGAGACGAAAGGUGAAGGAGUCCAUCAAACGAUUGGAGUGUAA